AUGGCCUCUUCGUCCUCGAACGUUGUCGGUGUGCACUACCGCGUAGGCAAGAAGAUCGGAGAGGGAUCUUUCGGUGUCAUCUUUGAGGGAACAAACUUGCUAAAUAACCAGCAUGUUGCGAUCAAGUUUGAACCGAGAAAGAGUGAUGCUCCCCAGCUUAGGGAUGAAUACAGAACUUACAAGAUACUUGUUGGCUGCCCGGGAAUACCUAAUGUUUAUUACUUCGGCCAAGAGGGCCUUCACAACAUACUCGUAAUUGAUUUGCUGGGCCCCAGUUUGGAGGAUCUUUUCGACCACUGCAACAGAAGAUUCUCAAUCAAAACAGUCGUAAUGGUGGCUAAACAAAUGUUGUCACGAGUGCAAACAAUCCACGAAAAGAACUUGAUCUACCGGGAUAUCAAGCCUGACAACUUUCUUAUUGGGAGGCCUGGAUCGAAAGCGGCAAACGUCAUCCACGUAGUUGAUUUCGGUAUGGCCAAGCAAUACAGGGACCCCAAGACAAAGCAACAUAUCCCAUACAGAGAACGUAAGAGUCUUUCUGGUACUGCUCGAUACAUGAGUAUCAAUACACAUUUGGGAAGGGAACAGUCGCGACGAGAUGACUUAGAAGCAUUGGGACAUGUUUUCAUGUACUUUUUGCGAGGCGGACUGCCUUGGCAGGGGCUGAAGGCUGCGACCAAUAAACAGAAGUACGAGAAAAUUGGCGAAAAGAAACAGACGACCGCAAUCAAAGAUCUUUGCGAAAGUUUCCCAGAUGAGUUCAACCAAUACUUGACCUACGUGAGGAACCUCGGAUUCGAGGACACGCCCGACUACGACUUGCUUCGUGAGCUAUUCACGCAAGCGUUGAAGAAUACGGGAGAAGUUGAGGAUGGAGAGUACGAUUGGAUGAAGCUUAACAACGGUAAGGGCUGGGAAGCUAUUUCUAAACACCCUUCCUCUCACCAAUACCACCAAGCCCACAACCAGGCUCAUGCCACAACAACUGGUGAACUGCGACAUGUUCCUCCUGCUCAGGUUCGCCAGCCCGCUCAAUUGACACCCGGCCGUUUAAACGCCCCGCAUCCCCCGCCACCAUCGCCAGGAAAACCGAUGGGUCAGACGCGCGGCGACAGGCAAAACGCACAAGGCGUGCCGCCAACCAAACGACCGAGCGGACCUGCGGGGGGCUUAACAGCAAAACAAGCAUCAACGCCAACAGCGAGCACGCAAGCCCAGUUCCAGGCGUCGAACCCGACUUUGCAACCGGCAGCGAGAAACCAGUCGCCCCAGGUUGUGAGCCAGUCGCCUCAACCGAGAAACAGUCAGCAGGAGCCAACUAAGAAAACUUUCAUGCAAAAGCUCUCUUCCGUUUUUUGCUGUGGUUGA